AUGGGCGGUGAUACCAAGCCCCCGGAUGGGGAACCACCUCCGCCGCAACGCCGCUUAUCCAAGAAGACGGCUGUCGUGAAGGAGGAAGUGAAGGAUCUCAUGACACCACCCGGGCCUCCCGCAAUGGGGGGUUCAAAGACGUACGGGAACAUGAAAAGUGAGCUGGAAAUCCUACCGCACAAAGAGCAGUCAGAGGAAGGUGCAAGUCUCCAUACAGGAGAUAGAGAAGAGUCUGAAGACCCAGCAGUCGAAGACAAAACACGCAGCGAAAAUGAUGACGAAUCCAUGGGGUGGUCUGGGUCAGAGCCUCUAGUUUUUGACGACGUCAAGGUUGAACCGCUUACCUUCACGGAAAUGUUCGAAUACCUACGUUGUGAAACUGCUGGUAUGGAUCUAGACAAGGCUAUGGAAGUUGAGAGCGUGGCCGACUUUAUUCAAAAUCUAUUCGAACAAGUUUUUCUCGCUAGACCACGAGACCCCCUGCCACCGACACGGGCACGAUAUCCUGACCUAUCUAAGGGAGAAACUGAAAAGCUCCUGCAACUGUUUCUAACAGAGGCAACAACUACGAACGGUGAUUCCCGUAAAUGGCGGGCGAGACUGGAAGGACUUGCUCGCUCCAUCUACAAAUCUAGACGAACACUAAGUGAAACGCUGUCAGCAGCCGAACAAGCAGUGAACGCCAGGCCCGCGCCAGUAGCAAACCCGUGGGAACAGCGACUAUUUUCUCAAUCUACCGUGGAGCACCGAUUUACCUCAUUGCAAUUCCGUAACCGCCACUUCCCACUGCAGAAUGUGCACACGGAGGAAUUAGGAGCCGAGACGAAUCCUGAGCAACGUGCUAAGCAAGUAUGGGCUCGUCAGAUUGGAGCAGACGGAAUUCUUAACGAGCAACCACGUGAUCGUUACCAAAUUCGCCUCCUUAAUAUCUCUCGUUUCAUGGAUGAGGCAGCCAUUGAUAUGUUUUUGCAAGCGCACUUCAGCGGAACGUACACGACUUGGCAAGAGCCAUGCACGGGAUAUAACAAUGUGCUGCAGACGGAUACAUAUGACAUAUUCUUUAAGUGCCACACAUGUCCUCAAUUUUUGGACAGCAAACGAUUCAUCAACUGGAAUGGCACUAAGAUCCUCGUGCACCAUGUUACUGCUGGGUACCACCAGACACGAAACGCGAAACAACACCAUCGACACGGCAACAUGAAGAGGAAGGACGCGUGGGAAGAAACGAUGGAGGAAGUACAUGGCAAGAAGCCAAACGAGCAGAAAUCACGCCAAACCAGGAAGCUUCUAACACACCUCAGACAGACAAUCCUCGGUAUACUGGGGAGCGUUGACGACUGGAUUGAACACGGAUACGACGAAACCAUAGACACUAAAGCAAAGAAGCUCACGCCAAAACAAACAGAGACCAAACUAAAGAAGUACUUCGAAGAAGUAGCCCGGUCAACUUCGAAAGUAGAAGCAGCUAUACCAACUAAAUAUUGGGGAGGAAGACUGCAAACGCCAACAAGAAAAGGGGAGCAUCCCGGUGGUGCUGAAGUUCCGCGGAAGACACUACAGCUGGCUUCGGUUCCAACACAGUUCUCUGAGAACCAGACCUUCUUUUCCAUACUCUUCAAGACUUUGCGUCCCCUGACUACGUUCUAA